AUGAUACCCUCCUCGCCCUCCAAACGGCGCAAGUCCAAUUCGUCUAUUCCAAUACCUAUAGGCGCGUCAACCACCACGAGAAGAGAUGGCCGUGGACGUACUAGCCCGUCGCGAUCACCGAGCCGCCCGUCAUUCCACGCGCCGACACGAUCGAGCCUUGCGCGACACCAUCCAGACGUUUUAUCGAAGGUCCUAGAGCGGUCAGCAUCCGAGAAAGCGCGACGGCCAUCGGGCCAGGAUUUCAGCUCCUUUGGCGAGCUCGGAGACAGUUCACCUCGGAUAUCUGGCAGUAUACCCUUACGGCCGUCGUUGGCUAAAGCUCAGCCGGAGACAGAGGCAGAGGAUGGAUUACCACAGCUCAACAAUACUGUUUCCAGGCCGAGUUCUAGACGGCGAUCAUUUGCAGAACAACCCUUUUCUGGCGAGAUAUCCAUGGUGAAUGAGCCUGUCAUACAGCCGGAGCGAACAGAGUCAGUGUCGGAUUCACCUACAGGCGGCCAUGAAGGACCGGGACUGUCUCCUUCUCCAAAACCAAGGCCACAAAAGACUAUGGUGCAGACCAUUGCACAAUUCAAUGGUAGCCCGAGUCAUCAUUUAGACAUGAAAAAGAAACAACAAUUAAAGAAGGCAGGGUUUUAUCCUAUAUUUAAGACCAAGAACCCGAAGACUCUCGCGGGAAAGGAGGAGCGUGGUGCUGCUGAAUUGCCAACGGAUGCUGAGGUCGAACCUGGAGAAGCGUCACCAAAAGAAUUAAAGCAGAAAAAAGAAUUACGAGAUUCACUCGAGGCUCAGCUAGAGAGGCUAAAGGGAGAAGUUGCUCUCCUAGAAAGGGAGGCUGGCCGGCUGGAGGCUACAGAAAACGAACCCCCUGAUGAGGUCUCCCUUAGACGAUUGAUUGGGCUUCUCCUGUCUAAAAACCCGUCUUGUGCUCCUCCACCCCCUAAACCACUUACGCCACCACCCUUGUCUUCUAUGAUUUCGUACCUGCUCCCAUUCACGGCUCGACGGCGUAUCCCACCGCUGGAACCAGACAUCCCUUCAUCACCACCUCCCCAGAACCCAUACGCCUUGAAACCACCGGAUAAUCCAAUGCCAUACCUUACCAUCUUUGCUCCUCUUACGCUCAGCACUGAGACUAUAACGUCUACUAUACGAAACCCAUCCCGAGCCCUAGGGACUCCUUCAGAUAUAGUUCAGACAUAUCGCUUUGUUCUCCAACCCCCCGCCAAUUUUCCAACUACACUUUACCGGAUUCCUCUAACCCUUACCACGGAUCCAGAAAAACAAUCCGUGAUAUCUAUAUCCGUCCCAACCGCUGCUGCCGAUAGAGAAUUAGAGUCAUGGAAUGUUCCUGACCCACUACAAAGUUGGAUCACCUCCCGACUGUCCAACCCCCUAUUAGAGCAUGAUAUAUCUGGCCUGUGUUGGGGCAUAUGUCAAUACUGGGAGGCUGCGAUAUCGCGCUCAAGGUUCUGGAUACAGUUGCACAAAUUAUCCGAGAAGCUAGAGGAAAACCCGCGAUAUCUUGACCAGGCAAGGAAGCGUCACAGAAAACAAGCCGAAACCGAUAUGUCUAGGAGUGCCACGCCGCUAUCAUCUAUCGCAGACGAGCCACAUUACAAUACCAGAGAUCUUGUCCGGCACUUUGGACAAACGACUCAUCAGUUCUCUACUACAACCGGGUCCAAUAGCCUCGAAUUGCUCGUAUCUUGUCACUUAUCAAUUGAUCUCUGGACUAGUGAGCCGCAAUUAGAACCUGAUAUUUGCAUCUCUAGCUCCUCACUAAAGAGUGCUGCAGCUAGCAAGAUAGAGAAGGAGGCCAAGCGUGCGUUUCGAGGCAUGCUUAAGCGUGGGAAGAACGGCGAUAUCGACGCUGACAUUGGGUCGUUGGUUAAGGCUGUGGAAGCUGUAAUCGUUAUUCUAUUCGGGCUUGUCUGA